AUGAAGAAGAAACGAGGUGUGCGUCGAUCGGUGAGUUUCAAUGAAGCCGGUCCUACCAUUCAACGAAUUGACUCGGUACGAUGUCUACUACUACUAGCAGCCGACAACGACAACAGCAACACGGACAAUGAAGAAGAAAUGGAAGCCAAUUUUUUGAAUGAGAUUUGGUACGACAAGAUGGAAAUUGCAUCGCAAAAAGAAGAAAAUGCCGAAUUGGUCUUGGAGCUCGACAACAAAAAUAAUGGAGAUGAUGAUACUAAUAAUAAUAAGGAAGAACCCCACGAUGCGACCUUACGUGGUCUGGAACGUCAAACGGAAGAAGGAUCGUGGCAAGCCUUUCAAAAUCGCAACAAGGCACUAGAAGCCGUGCUAGAUACCAAACCGCAAAAUGACGAAGAAUUGGCCAGUUUGUCCAGUCAAGCCACGCAAGAUGCCAAGCGAGUCGCACAGCAACGGGCUUUGCAAGAUGAAAAGGAAGCACAGGAGUAUUUGCAAGAUGUACGCACUUCGAUUCUCAAUGGAAGCAUUCAUAGUAUGCUUUCCAUGGGAACCGCUGAAGGCGGAGGAAGUGCCCAUAGUAUGCCCCUUUUGUCCAUGGAGGAUCUUCAUGAUAAUGAUGACACGGACGAUGAUGAUGAUGAUGCUACCUUUGCAUCGGAAAGUGAUGGGGAAGCAUCCUUGGGAUUUGAAGAUACAGCAGUUGCAGACAAUAAACCAACCAAGAAACAAGGCAAAACAAAAGUCAAAAAGAAGGUACAACGAGUCAAGUCAUUGCCUUCACCCAACAUACCCGCAUUGGGCGAUGCACACCAUGAUGAUGACGAUGAGGAAGAUUCCAUACUCUCACCCUUUGCCAGUGGAGCCAAAAAGUUGAGAGAUGCACGAAAACGAUUGUCGGCCGAAACACCCAACAAAAAGAAAAAAGCCAUGGAAUUGGGACACAAAAGUGACACGGCACUCAUGGAUGAUGACAGCAGCAGCAGCAACAGUGACAAUACUCCACAACCAACGUCCUUUUCCAGUCUCAAAAAUAAGACGACUACCAUGAGAAGGGCCAAAUCACUCGGGACUGCUACUUCCACCAAAGAAAAAGACUGUCUCGCCACCACCAAAAAGAAAAAGACUGCUACCAAAAAGACCAAAACAACAGCAUCCAAAACAACCACAACAACAACAACCAACAGCGACGCGUCGCCACUGACACGUCUGCAACGAUGCAAAUCCGCUCCCAUGCCAAAGGCACCCACGCCUGCAGAAGAAAUAGCCGCAUUGCUCUCCGAUGUCAGCAACACCAGUGAAAAUGAACAACAAGGACCCAUGAUGGAUGAUGAUAGUUCUCGAACGUCGAUUCGAAUUCGGGUCUCCAAAAUGAAUCAAAAUCCAACACCACCCCCGUUUGACUUUUCCAAAAAGAAAACAACAACAAGAACAAAGGCACAACAAUCAUCACAACGAGCUUCGCUUCCUGCCACGGCAUUGUAUCAAUGGAAGGAUCACUUUCCCAAGGGCAGCACUACUACAAAUAGCAAUAGUAGUGACAGUGACGAAGAAGACCCCAAAAUGUCCGUUUCGGCUUCGGCUGCCGAUUAUCAAUGGCAAGAACACAGUGAAGAACAACGGGACGACAACACGGCCAAACAAGUAUCAUCAUCAUCAUCGGCCAAAUCGUUACAACUACUGCAACAAGAACAAGCCAAACUCAAUGCCAAAAAGGCCAAAAUGGAAGCCUAUGCCAAAAAACAUCAUGACGAUGAUGACAACAACAACAACAACAACAACAACAAGGAAGAAGAACCACCACCAAAACGCGUGCUGCCAAUGGAUAAUUUCAAUAUUGAUCCCAGCAUGUUGCCACGACGGAAAAAUAAAAAGUCGCCGGGAUUGAAACGAUCCAAUACACUCGAGGGAGACAAACCGAAACAACAACGUGCUGGUACGCUGGAUCGGCCCAAAGCCCCCCGGAGAACCAAGAGUGCUGCCAGCAAAAAAGCAAUGCUCGGGGGUGAAAUGCCUCUGCGAUCCAAGAGUCAAGGGAAAAAGGGGGGUCUCUCGGGUGGUCUGGCCAAGUUUGUCAUGAAGACGCAACAAAUCGAACAAAAACGAGAAGCAACCCAAGUGACAAAACAACCAGAGGAUUCUUCUGAUGACGAUGACGAUGAGGAGGAGAAUGUUCCCAAGAACAAACUUGGCACUGCCAAGAAGGACGUGGCAUUGCCCAAGAAACUGGAAAAGCAACAAGAGACGGAGGCGAAACAGCCAGCCGUACUAGACGCUGGAGGCGGCGAGAGUGACGACGACGACGAAAGCGACUGUGAUUCUCCCGACGAAGAUGCACCGACUCGACGGAGUACGUUCACGGGGAGUCUAGCGUGUAUCGUGACGGGCGAUUACGCGGCCGCCGAAAAUGACAAGAAGGAGGAACCCCAACAGCGAGCAUCCACGGGGAGCAUUCCCAAGACAAAGAAAGCAGAGUCGACGACAGAAGAAAACACGGCCCCAAAGAGCAGAGCCGUGCCUGCCAGGAGCAAGUCUGCUUCGAAGAAAGCUAUGCUGCUGCCAUCCAAUGGAAGCCGCACGGGAGGUAGGAAGCUUCCGGAGAGAUCCAGCUCCAUGGGCAAUCCAGCGUCGGCCAAACGAAAUAAAUUUCCAAGUAACGGCAAGAGAGCUUCCGUUCAGCGGAUUCCGCGUCGCAAGGGAGCAGCGACUGGUUCGGAAGACUCGGAACCUCUGUCUAGAGCCAGUUCGAGCGUCAACUAGGUAGCUAGAAGUCAUAACCACAGUGCGAAGAACAGCUUUCUUCGCCCCGAUGCUACACGGACAAAACUACAAAUUUGCAACUGCACACAUCAACUAGCUAGUUAGUGCCGGUACAACGUCUUCAGCGCCA